AUGAGUUACGCAACCUUUUUGGCCACUGUGGCCACCAUUUUCACUGUUUUGGCAGUACUUUGUGCUGCCCCUUUCGCUUUCGACAGAAUGGGUUGGCGAUUUCCUGGGGCUCCGCCGCUUCCUCUUCCGCCGCCUCCUCCCCCUCCCCCUCCCCCUCCCCCUCCCCCUCCCCCUCCCCCUCCCCCUCCCCCUGCGCCUCCCGCUCCCGCUCCCGCUCCCCCUCCUUGCGAUGCUCGUGUUCUUGCACAAUUGCAACGCGAUGUUCAAAUUAUACGCCAAGUCUUGACUGUUCUCGGCUUUCUUGCUCUCCGAGAGCAGGACGACGCGACAGAUGAGAUGAUCGACAUCUUCCAAAAUCUCACCCUCGGUUAA